AUGUGUACCUCUGACAAUGUCUUUGAAGUCUGGAAUCUUAGCACCCCUACAAGACUUAAUGCUGCUGCUAGAAUGGAGUUCCAGGUUCUUAUUUCUGAUUUUUCUGCUGUCAGAUUCAACAGAGACAUGGAGGAUGAGUUGCAAUGGGCCCUAACAAAGACUCACAAUAGAUUACCAACAAGAGAUUUUCUUAGAAGGAGACAUAUGGAGGUUUCAAGUGAUUUUUUGUUCUGCAACAGUAACGAGACAAGUUCUCGUCUCUUUUUGCACUGUCCUUUUGCUAGAGAACUUUGGGAGGAGUUUGUUAAUAAGCUAAGAUGGUUCUUUUGCAUGCCUAGUGAUAUUAUUCCUUCUUUACAAGCUGGGCAUCUAACUCUACAUGAUAAAGACAAUACUGCGGUGUGGAAUUUAGUUCCUAUGGCAAUCAUUUGGUCAAUUUGGAAGGAGAGAAACUCAAGGGUUUUUACAGAUAAAAGGAACAAUGCUAAGGUUGUUGUCAACAAGGUUGUUAUUGCUUUCUUUGAUGGGUUCUAG